CGGGCAUCUGGAAAUGUGUUCCUGUCGUCAUUUUUUGUUGUCUCCGAUCUUCAGGCACCCUUCUCGCUUUCACCAUCUACAACCUUCGGACCGCCCAGAAUGGGCUGGCUAGGAGUGGCUACACUCAUUGCGACUGCAUGUUUCCUGCUUUACCGUCACCCCCCAUCCAGCUGGACGCCUGAGCCCUCCAUCUCUCAACCCCCGCCGAAACCAACUCUUGAAGAGCCUCCUACCGAUCGCGCCACAGAUGAUGCGAAAGUGAAGGAUGACUCCAAACCACUCGAAGAAAAAGACGGAAAUGCAGAAGACUCCCAGUCAACACCCAAGGCAUCUGCAUCGAGUCCACCGUCCCUCGAAGUGCCCACGCUGCGUCUCGACAGCGACAAGGUCGACAAGACAACCACCACUACCGAGAACCAGGCCGACCAAAAGCCAAUCCAGAAUGGAUCAGCGAAACCCUCAGAGCCGGUCGCUAUCGUAGUUAAUAAUGCCGCCAUGUUACCUCCACCACGGCCCACCGCAAGCAGUUCCUCCUUGAUGCCUCCCCCGCCGCCACCUCGACUCCGUCCGACAAUGUCCCAAACCCAACAACCACAAUCCGCCCCCGCGGGACGAUAUCCCCCGCGCCCAAAUCCAGGCAGCUCCCUUCGUCCGCCACCCUCUGCAGCGGCAUCGCUACGUGUACCGCCCUCCAGUCGUCCCACCAGUAAUAGCCUGGCACCCGUCAAACUCACCGCACAGCCCUCCAAUUCAUCGAAGCGGGCAGUUCUCGAACCAGGCUACUCCCCCCUGGAUUGGGCCGCGCUUACAUCAAACCCCAAGAACAACUUGCGGGGUGCAAAUCUACCCCCAACUCUGGUCAAGGUGACCCCGUCGAUGCUCAAGGCACAGAAUGGACGGAAGGGUCGCGAUGCCUGGACUUCGUACCAGGGCAAGGUCUAUAACAUCACGCCAUAUGUCCCAUUCCACCCUGGCGGGAAGGGUGAAUUGCUCCGUGGUGCCGGGAAGGACUCGGCGAAGUUGUUCAUGGAGAUUCAUCCAUGGGUGAACUGGGAUGCCAUCCUGGGGGAGUGUCUUGUGGGAAUCCUCGUUUCUGAGAACGACGGAGCGGCCGAGAAUGCUCUCGAUGCUAUGGACUGAUUUAUAUUUCUUUUUUCUGCUCUGGUUUCUCUUGGAUCGUUAUAGACUUGGUGACGACAGAUUGUAUUAUACUAGAGGUUUCGCAUGAUACCCAGAGAUACAGAUAUCUACAUACUUACAUAUACAGAUC